CUCUAUAUGCCUCAUCCGAGCUCGAGCAGAUAGAUGGCGUAGCGACAUUGCUAACCAAAUCCUGACGCUUAGCCCUCCCCUCAUUGUGUUUUGCUGAAUAAGAGGAGGAUACAACACUACAUGUAAUAUUUGCUCACGGCAAACUGAAAGCGAAGAGCACAGACUCUAUUUGAACUGUUUUGUUUGUUGAACAAGGUAUUAAAAGCGACUAAUGUUGGACGGAUGGUAUAGCGUACAAGUACUAGCAGCCUGCUAGCGCUUCAUAUAUGUGUUUGUGUGUGUGUAUGUGAGUGUGAACCCGGGACGCGCAGAGGCUUUUUUUUUUUUUUUAACUCAGUAACACUCUACGAAAGAAAAGUGCGAAAGAUUUUGCUCGGCUAAGCAAAUAUCAGGAGUCGAUGGCUUGGAUUUUGCCUCGUUUUAUGAGCAAGAAGAGAAGAUAGGAACUGUAAACUUGACUCAGGAAUGACGGACAGCGCUGCAGUGUCGCCACAUUCAUAUAGGUCUGAUUGAGCAGAGCCGUGAGCUACUCAGUGCGUCGACGCUCAGACGGAAUGAUCCAGCAGGGUGACUAAGAGGAGGAAGAAGGGGGGAGAGGAUGGGUGUGAAUGCCUCCAGCUACUCUCACUCAUGCUCCCCUCGAUUCGGGGGUAACCCACAGACCCAGCAGACCUUCAUAGGCACCUCCUAUGCACCACAGGGUUAUGGCGGCGAGUCCAAGCUCUACAGCCUAGAACAUGGCCCUGAAAAACCUCAGGACAAGAAGAAAAAGAGCUCUGGUUUGGCCACGCUCAAGAGGAGAUUCAUUAAGCGACGCAAAUCUAGUCGGUCUGCCGAUCAUGCACGACAGAUGCGUGAGCUCCUCUCGGGUUGGGACGUGCGCGACGUCAAUGCCCUGGUGGAGGAGUAUGAGGGCACGGCAGCACUCAAAGAGCUCAGUCUGCAGGCGGGCCUGGCCCGGCCUGAGGCUCGCACCCUGCAGCGUGAUUUAGCCACCCUUUAUCAGCACAAGUACUGCACUGAUGUGGACCUGAUCUUCCAGGAUUCCUGCUUCCCAGCACACCGUGCCAUUCUGGCCGCCCGCUGCCCGUUCUUCAAGACCCUGCUUUCGUCAUCACCAGUUUAUGGGGCCGAGGUGUUGUUAGACGUUGGGACGGCAGGCAUGGAUACGCCCAUGUUCUCCUCAUUGCUGCAUUACCUCUAUACGGGUGAGCUGGGCUCGGAGGACGCGAGGUUGCAAAAUGUGGAUGUGCUUGUCAGAUUGAGCGAGGAGUUCGGUACGCCCAACUCCUUAGAAGCCGACAUGCGAAACCUCAGUGAGCACAUGCCGUAUUUUGACUCGCUGCUGAGCUUCUCCUCAGACUCUGAGCUGGUGGAGGCUUUUGGAGCAGGUGGACCUACUCCUAGUGGCGCGGGAGUUGGAAAUGCAGGAGUGAACCAUAGUUCACCUGAUGAGGAGCUAAGGGCCCACAAGGCCGUGCUCUCUGCGCGCUCACCCUUCUUCCGCAACCUGCUGCAACGACGCAUCCGCUCGGGUGAGGAGAUCACAGAGCGAACUCUGCACACCCCUACCCGUAUUAUCCUCGAUGAAUCCAUCAUUCCCAAGAAAUACGCCCGUGUGGUCUUGCACUGCAUGUACACCGAUGCGGUGGACCUUUCGCUGGUGCUGCGUGGGAGCCCUUCUGAAGGCAGUCUGGGUGAAGUUCAGGCGCUGGUGGCUGGAAAAGGGUGCAUGACUCGGGCCGAAGAGGCCAUGGAGCUCUACCACAUCGCCCUCUUCUUGGAGUUCAGCAUGCUGGCUCAGGGCUGUGAAGACAUUGUGGCAGACAGCAUCUCUCUGGACUCUGUGGUGGCCAUCCUGAAGUGGAGCUCACAGCCAUACGGCUCCAAAUGGGUUCAUCGGCAGGCCAUGCACUUCCUGUGUGAGGAGUUCAGCCAGGUCAUGACCUCCGACGUCCUCUACGAGCUUAGCAAGGAGCACCUGCUGGUGGCUAUUCAGUCUGAUUACCUGCAGGCCAGUGAACAGGACAUCCUCAAGUAUGUUGUAAAGUGGGGCGAACACCAGCUCAUCAAGAGGAUGGCCGAUAGAGAGCCUAACCUGUUAAGUGGUACUGCACAUAGUGUGAAUAAACGUGGCGUGAAAAGAAGGGAUCUGGACCUGGAAGAGCUUAAAGAGAUUCUCUCUCCACUGCUGCCUUUCGUCAGAACUGAGCACAUAUUACCAACCAACAGUGAGGUCUUCUCUGACACUAUGAAGAGGGGUCUGAUCAGCACCCCUCCCUCUGACAUGCUGCCCACAGCGGAGGGAGGCAAAGCCAACGCCUGGCUCCGGCAGAAGAGUGCUGGCAUUUAUGUCCGCCCACGGUUAUUCUCUCCUUAUGUGGAGGAGGCCAAGGCGGUUUUGGAGGAGAUGAUGGUUGAGCAGACUGACCUGGUUAGGCUGCGCAUGGUUCGUAUGUCCAAUGUACCCGACACACUCUACAUGGUAAACAAUGCCGUCCCCCAGUGUUGUCACAUGAUCAACCACCAGCAAAUGGCUGGCAGCCAGACAGCUCCACCGUCUGUGGUUGCUAAUGAAAUACCAGUGCCCAGGUUGGCAGUAGUGAAGGAAAUGAUCCGUAGGCUGCAGGAGCUGCGUCACACGGACCAGGUGCAGCGAGCGUAUGCUCUGAACUGUGGUGAGGGCGCCACAGUCAGCUACGAGCUGCAGAUCCGUGUGCUCAGAGAGUUUGGCCUACCUGAUGGGGCUGCAGAACUCCUACAGAAUCCACACAAAUUCUUUCCCGAGGAGCGUUUUGGAGACGAGAGUCCCGUCCUGGCCUUGCGCCCGUCAGGUCGCUGCCGGGUCAACAGCACACCAGCUGUGGAGAGCAUGUUCACGGACCUGGAGGCUCUGGUGGGCUUCCACCCCCCUCUGCCCCCUCCUCCUCCACCCUAUCAUCCCCCGACCACCCCGGGCCAUAGCCAGCAGCAGUAUAAAACGGGCUGGAGACCUCGGGUCCCCACCCAACCUCCCUCCAGAUCUUUCUCCUACCCAUGCAAUCAUGCACUCCUCCACAGACAGCCCUCUUCCAAGAUGGGCACUAAUGCACAGGGGGGGAGAAAUCUUCAUCCUGACAAGCAAAUGAACAUGGAGCCUGUUAUCAAUGAGUUCAUGCCAGACAUUGCCAUGGGUGUUUCAGCAUUGAGCCUGAAGGAGCGGCGCCUUCCGGAGGUCUCCAUGGAGGUGGAGAGUCACGAAGCCCACCCUCACAUUUCUACAGCUCCUCCAAUGUCCCACAGUUACUCCAGUCGUCACCCACACUCCUCCCGCAAGCGGCACACAGUUGAACCCAAGCCUGAGGGUCCGCAGCCUGACUUCCCAGAUCUCUACGAGUUCCCAGGCCGUCACGUGCCUCCCUACAGCGGACCGGACCUCUAUAUCCACAGCCGUCAGGUAGGUGGUGGAGCGCCACCUCCGUCCUACUCCGAGGCUUCAGAAUCCCUCCGCCUGGAUGUGCUGGAACAGCCUCCACAGAGACUAGACUUGGCAAUCGUCUCGCAAGGGGGCGUAGCACAAGCUGUGCAGAGGUCAUGGCCCAUAAACGAGACAGACCUCACCUGUGGGCUUGGCCCCUCCACAGAACAGUAUGAGGAAUGGCCCACGGGCCGCCGGCCUGCUCCAGAAGGAAUGGGGCUGGGCUUAGGGGCAAACGUUGGGUCUGGGGACGAGGGAGGCUUGGGUGCCCGAGACCGCCGGUCGCCCAGCAAACCUGAAUACCCCUACAGGAAGUCUGCUCUCUGACCCCUGAUUAAAAAGAGACUAAGGACUGAUUUAAAUGCUAAGUGUAAGCUAACAGGUGAGGCACCAGCAGUCCUGCACUUUGUGUUCUUUUGAGGGCCGACAGUAUCUUGAAGUGAUGAAUACCCAUAAGCUGCGCGAGUGGCUGCUUUCCUGAAGGCUAAAGGGAGAUCUGGAUAGGUUUGAAACCCAGUAAGGAGAGCUUGGUUUGGUUGUGUGCACCCUGAAAAGAGGUCAAAAAUGCAAAAUAUUUUUAUCUGAGAGAUCCUUAGAUUUAUGUACAGGAUAUUAAUGUACAAGUAUCACAGUAUAUUUAUUUUACUUUAAUUUUCCUGAACAGACUAUGAUGACUGGAGAAAUAUACAUUCAUCUAUAUGCACACAUUUAGUUUCUUAGGAGUAAACUGAAAAAAUAUGAAGGCAAUAAGUUGCAAACUCAUUACUUUGUCUAGUCCUUGACAAAGGGCUCCUUCUUCUUUUGAGGGCAGAGUGGCAGUAAUAGCUCAUGUAAUCUGCCGCAUUCGCCGGCUUUUACAUUAGCCUGUGCAAUUUAAGAGUCGAGAUGGAACAUAAAAGGGAAAACAAAUGAAAUCCCCUGUCUCCUAUGAGGCAACUUAUCAGGCAUAACAAUGGCACAGAUGCACCAUUAAAUGUGAAUGGGGCUUUGUUUUAGCGUGUUUCACAACUCAGAUCUCCAGAUUCAUUCCAAUAUAUUUUAACUUUAAAAACUAUCUGUUCUCUCAAACAAAAAUUUGGCAUCCUCCUUUGCAUUCAGAUUCUCAUUCCAAGGCUGCAGUUGGUGGCAUUCCUGAGAGACAGCAAAUAUGAGUUGAUCAUUAUCAGCCACGUUCUCCAGAACUGUACAGGAUGCUCAACCAAACCAAACUCACGCCACAUCCUCAGUCCUCUGGUUCAGUAGGAUGGCAGCAGUCCAUGGGCGGGAGUUCUGUGCUAGUUCUGUCAGCAGAUGACCAACAAUUAUGAUGUCAUGAACAAGCUUUGCAAAAAAGAGAAUUCUUGGAAGUGUCAUGGAUUAAGACACAAGUAUUUACUUUUGAUUUGCUACACAACACUUUAAGAAACAAUAUCAUACACACUGCUGCACAUCCUACCUAUAGAUGAAGUGACUUAUUUUAAGCUUGUUUUUUAGCAUCUGAAAUACCUGUAUUCUUAACUGUGCAAUAGUGCUGCUUUUUCAUUUUAAAUAUUCAUUUUGCUUUCUUCUCCUUACAAUAAAAACCUUUCUCAGAUAAAACUGACACAGCAAAUAUGCAGGCUAGUUGACUCAAAAAUGCAAAUUGUAUCCUCAUAAUGUCGUUCCAAACCUGUGUAACUUUUAUUCUCUCUAUAGAGCACAGAAGAAGAUAUUUUGAAGAACUGUUUUAUCCAUACAAAUCAAAAAUAUCUUUUGUGUUCUGCAGAAAGAAAAUGUAUCCUACAGAUUUGAAACAACAACAGGGUUAGUGAAUAAUGAAGGAAUUUGCAUUUUGGGGGAACUAUCCCUUUAAGAUAAUCAACAAUAGCCUUUCCCCACAAGCGAUGAUGGUACUGUAUUUUCACAUGCUCUCAAAUAUUAUUAUAUAAGAAUCUUAUGUUGUAUUAGGCUGGAUGGGACCUCUGUUGAAUAUCUGAAUGAUCCUCAGCUGUAUCCAUCCCACAUUCUUCAAGUGCUUCUUUCUUUGGAGCACAAGAAGCGUUUUAUUGGUUGAAAGCACAACAUUGUGAGGAAUACUAAGAAUGUCAUUUCAUUUCAUUUCGUCAGAUAAAAGUGCUCAGACAAUUUAUACGCUGGUAAAAGGCUUGAGUUUCAGUUGGAUGGUCAGUCAGAUUUGAUUAAUUUUUGACUAAGAACCCACAGUUAGACCAAAGAUGAGUUAGGGAGGAUGUUUGUGUUGUUUGUGCAUCUCGGAAGCAUUUUAUUUGAUCUACCAGGUUUCUUUGCCUCUUAGCAAGUUGAACUGAAACCAGUGGGUUGAGUUUCAUGUUUGUUGUUGGUGACUGUGACCGUUGAAGGAGCAUUUAUCAUGGACUGAUUUUAUAGAUCUCUCCCCAGGCACUUUGACUUACAGAGAUGGCUUUAAGAGUUGAUCUAGGGUUAGCACUGCUGUAUCUGUAGUUAUGGACUUAAGACCUUACCUUGGUUAACGCAGUGCUCCAUCUUAAAUCGCAUAAGGUCUUCUGUGCCAGAGAGACUCUCAACCUCUGACCAGCUUCUCUCAACAUAUUUUAGUCAAUUUGAUUUUCCUCCUUUAUAUUCUUUUCAACUUCAUUCAGACUUCAUUGUUUUCAACUUCAUUCAGACCUCUUGAGCCUCACCCUGAACAUUUAUCAUUGGGGGACCAGAACCAACAGCUGGAAAUCAGAUUUUUACCACUUUCUCACAUUUUUUUUCUUAUCUUUAUACUUGCUGUUUUAUUAGAACUUAACAGCACAGUUAAGAUAUAUGUGAGGAAAACGCCAUCCUGCAUGAUAAUCAACUCAAUCUACAGUUAUCACAGGUGUUAUUUUUCAUCUACCCUUGGUUGUU